AUGAAGGGCACUUCCAAAUUCAUCAUGGGAGCAACCUUGGUUAUGGUGGUUAGCCUUGCCAUUGUUCUGGGCCUCAUUCUUGUGCUUCUUGCUGAACUCUAUUGUUCUCUCUUACUCCAACGUCGCCAGCUCAGAAAAAACAACAACUCCAACACCACCAACACCGUUCCCAUCUCCGCCACUCAAACCACCACGACCACCAUGUCAAACUCUCCACCUUCACUCACACCACACUCUCCUCAUCCUCCCUUUACCAAUGUUUACUCACAAGGGGUCCUCCAAGCCCCUAGAAGCUUCCUUUUCCCGUGCAAAGAUGAACCAAAUGCAACCCCACGUGGCAUUGGCCUUGUUUCUGUCUCAUCAUUAUCUCCAUUGGCAUCCUUCUUGGCAAGAGCUCCUCCACCUCAGCCUCUUCAACAAGCCAACACACUCCAAGGUGGUGUCAGUGAGAAACCUUGUGGUGGUGGAGUGGAGCACCUUGUGUACAUUUCCAACCCCAUUUACGAGAACGAAUUUGAGGGCAAAGCAAGUGGAGUAACCCCGUUUGAGACACCACACACUUCACCCUCUCGUUUUGAAAGAAGUGGCUCUUCUGGGGAAGAUGAUGAUCGUAAUGACAGCGCUGCUGCUAAAGAAUCACCUUGUGCUUGUGCUAAUCCACCACCUUCACUCACACCUCCUCUCACCCCUAUGAAGAAGCUCCCUGCAGAAGGUUCUUCUGUUUCUCUUAGAGAUGCCACCUCCUUAGCCUCCGCUAAAACCAGCACACCACAGAAGCAUCGCUAG